GCCCAUCACAGAUAAAUACAUUAGGGUUUUUUGAGGAGCGCCAUUUCACUCUGCUCAUCUCCCACAGGCCACAACCCUCCGUUCCAUCACAAAGAAAGGGAUGGCGAGGAUUAAGGUUCACGAGCUGAGGCUAAAGAACAAGGUAGAGCUGCUGGCGCAGCUCAAGGAUCUGAAGGCGGAACUUGCGCUGCUGCGCGUAGCGAAGGUGACCGGAGGCGCUCCGAACAAGCUGUCGAAGAUCAAGGUGGUUAGGCUGUCGAUUGCGCAGGUGCUGACCGUGAUUUCUCAGAAGCAGAAGUCCGCGCUGCGAGAAGCCUACAAGAACAAGAAAUACUUGCCGCUUGAUCUCCGCCCUAAGAAGACUCGCGCUAUCCGCCGCCGCCUCACCAAGCACCAGGCAUAUUUGAAGACAGAAAAGCAGAAGAAGAAAGAGAUGUAUUUCCCUCUAAGAAAGUAUGCUAUCAAAGUUUAAGUUAGUAUUUUAAUUCAACUCAUUUUGUUUCUGUUUCCCAAUCUUAAGGAAUGACAAUAUUUUGUUACAAUGAAGUUUGCUGCUAUUUGCAUUUUGUUCAA